AUGUUUGCAGUUCAGCUGUUUUUGUUACUGGGUGAUCGGGCUCCAACGGUUGGGUUCGGGAUCGCAGUGUCUGGUGGUCGCGAUAAUCCGCAUUUUACUUCUGGAGAUCCUGCGGUGGUUGUAAGUGACGUGAUACCGGCAGGUCCAGCUUGGGGCCUUGUUCAAAUUAACGAUCGAAUUCUUGUUGCAAACGGUACUUCAUUGGAGAACGCUGAUUAUGCUUCUGCUGUGAAAAUAAUGAAGGAAUCUCAACAACUGAAUAUGAUUGUUAAAAGACGUGCUCCUGUGCCGUUGAUGGAGUUCGAGCAGAGGACGCUCAAGUUUACGCUAACGAAGUCGAAGAAGAAGGAAGAUUUUGGUAUCGUCCUCGGCUGCAAAUUUUACAUAAAAGAAAUUACGAAUCGGAAAUUAGCUGAAAAAGAACCAGGUUUGAAAGAAGGAGAUACUAUUCUGAGAAUUAACGGGCAGAGUGUUGACGGAAUUACUAUUGAGGAAGCUACAAAGUGGUUGACGAGAAGUAGAGAGAAGUUGUCUUUAGUAGUUCAAAGAGAUGUUCGGACUGGGACAAGCAGAUGGCCGAGUCAAAAUACAAUCUAUGAACGACUCGGAUCGGUGACAACAACCCCCCGACAUAGUCCAUCGCCUAUGCAUAUGUCACAUCAGUAUCCUGUCCCACAAGCUUCAACCGCUGACCUGAUCAAUAACUCGUCUGCAUCUAACUCAAGGUGGUCUCAGUCUCAGAGUGAACACCCAUCUGCAGAUUAUGGUGAUUACUGUAAGAGAAAUGGAAGUAUAGCUAGCAGUCACGGUAAUGUUGAUUACGAAGUACGCACAAUUAGGUUCCAUAAAGAAGGAGGAAUGGGUGUGCGGGUGAUUGGAGGCAAUCAGGUUGGUAUCUUUGUUUCUGCAGUUCAGGAAGACUCGCCUGCUGCUAAAAAUGCUAUACGGCCCGGAGACCGAAUCCUUGCAGUCAAUGGUAAAAGCAUGCUAGGAGUUACGAGAGAGGAGGUUGUCAAACAUCUUUUAUCGCUUAGUGAUGACGUCACAAUUGGUGUUCAGUAUGCACCAUUGGAGUUUGAAGAAGUGAGGGCCAAUCAGAGAGGCGAUAGUUUUUAUAUCAGAACUCAUUUUGCGUAUCAAAAGACUUCAAACCAGCUGGAGCUAUCCUUCCAUAAUGGAGAUAUCUUUCUGGUAACUGAUACCCUUUUUGGAGGAACGGUCGGAUUUUGGCAGGCGACUAGGGUUUAUUCUUCUGUAGAAAGUGGCAGUAAUGGUGCGGAACCAGUGAAAGGUGUGAUACCUAAUGCAGAGGGAGCAGAGAAAUUAGCAGCUGCGUCUAGAUCUGAUACAUAUACGUUAGGUCGUUCAACAUUCUUUCGCAGGAAGCUGAAGGAAAGAAGGACAAAAUCGUUGAACAAAAACGUUAUUGAUGAACUGCCCUUUUCUGACAGUAACGGAGAUAUGGCUCUUCCCGCUUACGAACGGGUUACUCUAAGACAACCGUCAUUUCAGAGACCUAUUGUACUCUAUGGGCCAUUGGCUGACGUCGCUCGAAAAAUGCUUCUAACAACUUUUGCUUUACGUUUUGCGGUUCCUGCAGGCGAUGGAGGUUUAAGAUUAAGAAGUAUCGAUGAAGUUAUUAGCUCCAAUAAGCACUGUCUUCUUGACGUAAGUCCUGGUUCUGUUGAACGACUUCAGCUUGCCCAGUACGCUCCAAUUGUAAUUUUAAUUGACGUAGAAAGUCGUCACAGAAUACGUGAGCUUAGAAACAAAGCUGGUGCCACUCUCGUUUCUUCCAGAAAAUUAAUGGAACAAGCACAUAAAAUUAAGAAACAUUAUUCCCAUAUCAUAACAGCAAUACUUGAUGCUACCAAGCAAGAUGGUUGGUUUGAGUCUUUAAGACAACUAAUAGCUCAUCUGCAAGACCGUAGUGUUUGGAUGCCAGAAUUCCGGCCUUCAUCUAAUUUAAAUGAUAUGCUGCUUCUACCAAUGCAAAGUUUCCAAAAUCAAAGUGAUUCUGAUGCCGACUCUUUGAGAGGGGAAUAUUCUGGUAGCGACUAUGCAACGCAGAGAAAUAUGCACGGAGAUAUAGAUGCAAGUCCAUUCAGGUCGAUAUAUGACUCCAAUGUUGGUAAUAACGGAAAUUACAUUUCUCGUGCUCAGUUGCACUCAGCAAACGCGUCGUCUACUGGCAGUUUGGCAGUUCGCUUUGCACUUUACGAUCAAAAGAACUUUUACCAUCCCAGCGAGCAAUAUGGUUAUUACUCUUCCAAAGCACCCCAACUUAACCCACAGCAGUCCAUAAUGAAUUCGUCAGUUCGUCGCUUAAUUGGGGAUGGAAGUGUUAGGGGUUCAAAUCCAUCUUGGGCAACUCUGCCGCGUCGAUUUCAACAUGGCUCGGCAUCAAGUUCUCCUGCUUUAAAUACUUCUUUGAAUAUUUCGCAAGAAAGCAAGAUGAGUUUACCAUUGCAACAUCCGACAGUUGACAGAAUUAUGUCGCAAGCAUCUCCUAGUCACUUUCGAGAAACGUUUGCUUCUUCUGUGCGUUCUUCACCCAGUAAGACCCAGCCUUUAUUUCCUGAAGAAACUUCCGUACUUCGGUCCACGACUUCACCAGCUCCAACUACCUCAAACCAGGCAAGACUGAGUAUUGAAGGAAAAGCGGCCAAUGACAAGUCAUCUGUUUGCUGUGAUGUUAAGGAGUCAUUGACUGAACAGGGUGUAGGUUAUUAUGGGCCGGACAGUAUGGUGGAAGCAAUGAAGUCUGUUUUGCUUGAAAACACUCCGUCGCCAAACCGACAUCAUCACAUGACUCAACAAAACAGUUAUAGCCCCCAGGGGCGUUCUGGCCUGUUUUUUGAUCAAGUAACUAGCGAUGGAGGCAUCCGUUAUGUAGAUGACUCACCUGUUGAUUUUCAUCAGCAGCCUACUACGUCAGCGUCUGUGACGAGUAAUAGUCGGAAAGAAUCUGGUGGUAUUAAAUCCCCGAGAAUCGUGAGCUCUGAAGAAUCGCAAGAGUACGAUUCGAGCAAAAUUGGUACAUCAUUUGAGGGCGAACAAAACCGAGUAAGGAAUGUUAUUCCUGAACCUUCUCCUGCAUCCAAAGAAAAAACUGAAGAAGACGAUGCUACAAUAAUCGAACACGUAUCUGACGUUAUUGGCUCAGGCGGUGGAACUUUGAACUGUCCCGAAUCUGGAGUUAUGCUUAUUAUACCUGAGGGAGCAAUUAAAGAAGGGGUGCAACAAGAAAUUUACGUGAGGGUUUGUCGACCAAAUGGUAAUAACAGCCGACCUCCACUUGAUGAAAGCAGAGGAGAAAGCUUAAUGAGUCCACUUGUGAUGUGUGGUCCACAGAAUCUGCAGUUUAAAAAACCGGUUGAAUUACGGCUACCGCACUCUGCAUCUAAUAACGGGGAAAACUGGUCAUUUGCUCUGAAAUCUGGUACGGGUAAACAGUGGGAGCAGAUCAGUUUGGAUGAGAAUACAUCUUCUGUUGUUACUGAUAAAUUUGUCUCUGUCAAAAUUAAUCAUUUUUGA